UGUUAUAACGAAUACGAUGAUAGCGUGAAAAGAUGUAUAAAUGGCAUAAUGUCUGCUCCUAAAUAUAUCGUUUAUGUAUGCCAGACCUUUUGUGUGCCUAUUGUGUCAAUCUCGUCGCAACAUACUGUUUAGUAGUACUGCCGUUCUUGUGAUUUAGCUUAUAUUUUAUUACGUAAAAUUUUGCACAGCCAUUUUUCCUUAGUGUAAUACUCUGGUUUGGAAAUAUGAGUUAACUGUGUCUGAUCAUCUAAGAAUUAACAAUGCCUGUGCGACGAGGACAUGUGGCCCCUCCCAACAUCUUUAUUGAUACCAUAAUUAGAAAAUUCGAUGGACAAAAUCGAAAUUUUGUGAUUGCCAAUGCACAGGUAGAGACACUGCCGAUAAUAUUUUGUAAUGAUGGUUUCUGUGAGUUAACAGGAUGUUCUCGAGCGGAAGUAAUGCAGAAAUCAUCCCUGUGUGAUUUUCUACAUGGUCCCUUAACAAGUGCUUUGGCCAUCUUACAGAUCAAGGAGGCAUUGCAGGGUAGUGAAGAGAAACAGGUGGAUAUAUUGUACUAUAAAAAAGAUGGCAGCAAGUUUCUUUGUAGUGAAUUGGUGGCACCAGUUAAAAAUGCUCAUGGAGAAAUUAUCAUGUUUAUUAUUAAUUAUGAAGAUAUUACAGAUCAGGCACCUUCAGUUGUUAAUAAAACUGAAAUCAAAAAUCUUAAAAACAAUCGCCACAGAAGUUUUAAGCUGCGACUUCCCUCCAUACGACGUGACAUACGCAGGAAAGCAAAAGCCAUCCAACAGGCACCUGAUCCUGAAAAUCCACCCAUUCCGGAAGAAGCAGUUCCGCUUAAUCAGUUUGGUAAAGAAGAUGUGGAACAGGGUCAACAGUCACCACUCUCUAGUCGCAAAUCCCUACAAGACAGCGAACUGGUGUUAGAAAAUGCUGACGAAAGAGGUAGCCAAUCAACAUUGAGUCGAGAUGAAAUUGAAGGUAUUGAUGGCCCUAUGCGAGAUCAGGAAGAAAAUGAAAGAACCAGUAAUGAAAGGGCCUGUUUGUAUUUAGCUAAUGGUCGACCCAGGGCACAUACCCUUGAUUCAUUUUUCAGAAAAUAUCGAUCUAAGUCAGGUCCCACAGGAAACCACAUCAGGUCCAACUUUGUGAACACUGCCUCCAGUGAUUCGGAACUGGCCAAACAUCGAGCCAAACAGUUUACGGACAGCAUAAGCAAUAUUGCUAGUGACAGCAUCAAGAAAACACCAGACAAAGAUGGAGUACUUCCAACUGCCAAAGGUCUUCUCUUACCCAACAUGCAAAAUAUGAAACAGAAUGUGUCUGAGAAAGUAGCGCAAGUAUUGUCCCUGGGGGCAGACGUGAUACCAGAAUAUAAACUCCAGUCUCAACGAAUACAUCAAUGUACCAUAUUACAUUAUUCUCCAUUUAAAGCAGUGUGGGACUGGAUAAUCUUAUUAUUAGUGAUAUACACAGCAAUAUUUACUCCUUAUGCUGCAGCCUUUCUUCUUAGUGAGGAGAAAAAAUCCCUAAAUAAAAAUGUUUCUGCGGAGAGUCGGUACUCUGAUCCUAUGACUAUUAUAGAUCUAAUUGUGGAUAUUAUGUUUAUAAUUGAUAUUUUCAUCAAUUUUCGAACUACAUAUGUAAAUAAGAAUGAUGAAGUUGUGAGCCACCCUGGAAAGAUAGCUGUACAUUAUUUUAAAGGCUGGUUUUUGAUAGAUGUCGUGGCAGCCAUUCCUUUUGAUCUCCUUUUGUUCGGAUCAGAAACAGAUGAGACAACAACCCUCAUUGGAUUAUUGAAAACAGCAAGAUUGUUACGUUUAGUCCGUGUGGCGCGUAAAUUAGAUCGCUACUCAGAGUAUGGUGCUGCUGUGUUAUUGUUACUAAUGGCAACAUUUGCCCUCAUUGCACAUUGGUUAGCAUGUAUAUGGUAUGCGAUAGGAAAUGUUGAACGACCUUAUUUAGAAGAACCUAAGAUUGGAUGGUUAGAUGAACUAGCUCGCCAAACUCAUCAGUUCUAUUUACCAAAUGACACUUCCAGUGGACCGUCUAAAAAAUCCAAAUAUGUGACAGCUUUAUACUUUACGUUCAGUAGUUUAACUAGUGUGGGAUUCGGAAAUGUCUCGCCCAAUACAAACUCGGAGAAAAUUUUUUCUAUACUUAUUAUGUUGAUAGGAUCUCUUAUGUAUGCGAGUAUUUUUGGUAACGUGAGUGCUAUUAUUCAGCGCUUGUAUUCAGGCACUGCUAGAUAUCACACUCAAAUGUUACGAAUAAAGGAAUUUAUUCGUUUUCAUCAAAUCCCUAACCCUUUAAGACAACGAUUAGAAGAAUACUUCCAACAUGCCUGGUCUUAUACAAAUGGAAUCGACAUGAAUCAGGUGUUAAAAAGUUUUCCUGAGUGUUUACAAGCAGAUAUAUGUCUCCAUCUUAAUCGUAAUUUACUCAAUAAUUGUCCAGCAUUUAAAGAAACCCGCCCUUUUAUAUUUGCAGGGGCAAGCCCUGGCUGCCUGCGUGCUUUGUCUAUGAAAUUUAAAACUACUCAUGUACCUCCGGGAGAUACACUGGUGCACCGUGGAGAUGUUCUAACAGCCCUGUUCUUUGUAGCAAGAGGAUCCAUAGAAAUACUUAGAGAUGAUAUAGUUGUAGCUAUUUUAGGUAAAGAUGAUGUUUUUGGUGAGAAUCUAUGUAAGCAUGAGACGGUGGGAAAAUCUAGUUGUAAUGUUCGUGCCUUGACUUACUGUGAUCUACACAAAAUACACCGAGAUGAUCUACUAGAAAUAUUAGAUAUGUAUCCAGAAUUUGCGGAACAUUUUGUUCAAAAUCUAGAAAUAACCUUUGAUCUAAGAGAUGAAAUAUUGGUUGUACGUGUACCAGAUGAUGAAUAUAACCCUCGUCAUAGUAUACGAUAUAGACGAUCUAUACGUAAAUCACCACAAAGAGAUUCAGUAGGCUCAACAGGAAUUGGUCUUCAAGAUGAUAUUCCUACCAGGGUUUUAUCAGAAGAUGUCCAGAAUAACUACAAGUUCCGCCCACACCGUGUCAAUCAUAUCGGUCGUCAUCGUAUUGAAAGAGAGGAUGGACCUGUCAUAUCAAUGUCGUUUGAGUCAAGUGAAGAAGAUGUGAGAGAAAGUGGGGCAGGUAUUUUAGAAUUUUCACCUGCGAAAGCAGGAAUGGAUGUUACACCAGCUAACUUUGAUUUUAAAGAUCCACGUGCAGCACGAUCAUCUACAGGGCUCUCCACAAUAGCAGCUGGUGCUCUAUCGGGCGUGAAUUCUUUGGUCAAUGCCGUUACUGGACGAUAUGAAAGUAGUAAGAAAAGUCAGGAGACAGCACCAUUAUUAGAAGAACAAAGUGCUAGUCCAGAACCUCAACAUAAAGUAACAUCUAGUUCCAGUGUUCCUAAAUCAUUGUCCAGUAUGACGCUACCAGUGUCAAGUCCUUCCAGCCAUUCCCAAUUUGAUGAUGGGGGCCAUGCUAUUCCCCCAUUACCCAUUAUAGUAUCUGAUACAGCUGGUCAUCAUCCUCUAUCUACACCAGUAGAAGUAGAAAAACGUCUAGAGGAAUUAGCGAGACAAUUGACCAGACUUGAGAAUAAAAUGAGUUCAGACAUCUCCAUGAUUCUACGUAUUCUUCAACUGCAAACCGACCCAAAAGUCAAAGUGAAAGAAGAAGAAUUACCUUCGCCCCCAGGACCAUCUGAUCCAGAUGGAUUUCCUCCUCCCCCUGUCGACACUUUCCCUCCUGAUUAUGAUAAUGGAAAUUAUGAAUUCCCCCCACCCCCCUCCCAGCUAUCUCCAUUACAAACUCCAGAUCAGCCUGGUGUACCUUCUAUCAAGUUCGAUGACCGAUUGCAAUGGCAACAUCAACAAUAUCCAGAUUUACCAGCAAACUCCCCUUCCCCUCCUCCUCCACCUACACGUCAUUCCUUCUCUUUCUCUCCAUACAACCAAUCACAGGCAAAUAUAGUCCCACCAGUAUCUCAAUCAUCCAAUCAAUUCGCAUCUCAUCCAUCCAUCCAAUCAGAACUCACACAUAGUGUAGAUAGCCAAUCAGGUGAGGUUGAAAGUGAUCAGGCAGACGGCAGGUUAUCAGCAGAGCAGCAGAGACAAUUAGGACUACCAGAAGGUGUAGAUAUGAGAAACACAAUGGUGUAGAUUUGUGUUAUUAUUAUAAUAUAUAUAUAUUGUUUAUGCGUUAUAUAUGCGAUUAUGUGAUGACAAUGAAAUUAUGCGUAUAAAAUGCGCUUUGUUUAUUCAAAUUGUAGACAUUGCUGUGAAGUGUGAUGACAUCUUUAUGUGUUUAUAUUCAAUGGAUGUGUUCGGCGGCAACCUGCUGUGGAGUAUCAAUCUAUUUUUUAGAACCAAGUGAAUGGUUGCGUGGCAGUGCAAUAAUUUUUCCUCCUUUUUGGACUUUAAUCAUUUGAUUUUAUGUUAUAUUUUUAAUUCCACCUCAUUUUUAUUUAUUUUCAUUUUUGGGUUAAUUUAUUCAAAUUUAUCUACUUUCAUUUUAAUCCUUAUUAAGCAAGAAAUCAAAAUUGAUUAUAUUAUCAUUUGGAAAAAUUCUAGGUUUGUUUUCGUAAAAAUUUGAUAUUUAUGAUUCUAGUCGAUAGAUUUUAUAUUCAGACAAAUUCAGGGUUUAUUAUGUUUGUUUUGAUUAUUAUUUUUAUUACCAGUUUUAUUUUAAAGGGAAAAGGGUUAUUGAUAAUAUAUGUACCUAAAGCAAUAUUUUUACUGUUAGAAUUAUAUCUAUUUUAACACUGAACUUAUAAUGUAGCACACAAAAAAUAACAUUUUUUCAUAGAAAAUCAGCAUUUUAUCAUAUAAAGACUAUUUUAAACAUUUUAGUGGUUAUAUUUUCUAUAGUUUUUAUUGCAUCACAUGUUUAAAACAAACUUUUAAAAUCUACUUUCUUUUUACACUUUAUUAAAACAUAGAUUAGAAGGUAAAAUUUCACUAUUGUGUAUUAAUGCAUCUUUUAGGCAUCAAUGAAUAAUACAUAUUUCCUCUCCACUGUUUCAUCAAAAAAUCAUUUGUUUUAUUAUGCUAAAAUUCAAUUUAAAGUUGCCUGUAUUCACUGGUUUGCACAAUUCUGUUAAAAUCAUUAGCUUGGUAGCUUGGCAUAUUCUUAGUUUGAAUGAUGGGCAGCUUUAGUGUCUUGCUGUGUCAAGGGAUAUAACUCUGGUCACUCAGCCCCACAUUCAAAUAAUUCUUGGGUCAGGGUAAUUAUUUGAUUCAUCCAUAUACAUUUAAUUCUUUAUAAUCCAAAUAGAUCUGGUAUAUCCAUUCCUAUUUCUUAAAAAGAAAACAUUCCCCAAAGUUUCGAAAAUGAAUUUGUUUCCUUCAUUGUUUCAAACAUUAUAAAAUUCUAAUGUCUCCUUUUAUUUUUUAGACUGUAAAUUAACAUGUUCAGUUAUAUAUUGGUCUCUUCAUAUUUAAUUUACCAAAGGUUUUACUUAUCUGGUAUAUACUCAAAAUAUUUCCUUAGUCUUUCAUUGCACUUUACUUCCAACAAAUAUAUACUUUGUUUUAUAAUAGAAUUGUAGCUUUCAUGUGUGGUGUUUGCCUUUAUUAAUUGUUUUUAUCUAUUUAUUUAUAUAUUAGCCUAUUGUCUCGUUCAGUAUUAUACACAAAUGGUUGAAGGUAAAACACGGCAGCAACACAGAAUGAAUUAACCCUAGAAGAAUAAACUAGAAAAUAUGACAAUAGCAUAAUAUAUACAGCACUACCAGUAACCAAUUUAAUUAAACAAUUUUAUAAAUGUUAAAAUUAUUUCACAAAACAUACAUAAAUAAAAUUCCAAUGUGAUUUCCUAAUAUAAAAAGUAAAUGUUUAAACUAGAAAUUGACAAUAGCAUAACCUAUAGUAUACAAGCAUAAAUUUACUUGCAGUAAAUUUGGUAGAACUAUGAAAACUGAUUUAAUCAAACUAUUUGGUAGAACUAUGAACUUAUUGUUUGAUUAAAUCAGUUCAUUGAAUGAACUGUAACACAUACUUAGGGAAAACAACUAUUAAAUUAAUAGCCUGUUGAAGAUAUUAAAUUAAUAGCUAAUUUUGCCUAUUGCAGGUCUUUCAUUAGGCCUUAAAUGUUAUAUAAAUUAUUAGUCAUUUAUUAACAUGACAUGACCAUAAUCAACUCUCAAUGCCAUCUGAUGUUCAAGAUUUGAACUGGAUUAGAAUGGUUUGAUCAUAUAAUGAUUUAAUUUAAAAAUGGAGGAGUGAGUUUAAGUCUCCAAUGUACCAGUACUGUACACAUCGUGUCAAAACUACAAACAGUGAUAACUUGGCACAGGAUAAAGUAAUUUAAAUGAAAUUUUCAAUAUAUUCAUUUUGCAUUAUCUAUUUUUAAACUAUUUAUUAUAGCAAAAACGGACAGCUCUUGAUCUAAAUCUGACAUAAUGAAUCCUUAAUGUUGAGAGAAUACUCUUUGAAGCAUCACCUAAAUAAAUUAGUAUGUGUUAUAGUUCAUUACUCUAUUGGGUUACUAAAUGCAACUAAAAGAUUAAUUUGGUAGAUGUUUUGCAUUAUUUCACAAAACAUACAUUAAUAAGGUAGCAGUAUGAUUUCCCAUAAUAAAUAUAAAACUUGAAAAUAAAUAUACUUGCAAAUUAUUUAAAUGUCGUAAAGUUGUAAGUGAGAUUCCGAAAUAAAUAAGAAGUGGUAUCAGGUGUUAUAGGAAAGUAAGGAUUAACAGUUUAUAAGUUAUUCGAAACUUUGAAAGUAGAUCUAUUCUAUAUUCCUUAAUGUUAUUAAUGCGAGUUGGUGUAUCAGAGAUAACUAGGCAUUUAUAUCAUUAUAUGAUCAGUAUACAUGAGACUUGUUUUAGAGUUAACUAUUUACAUCAUCAUCCAGUAUAUCAAGUAUAUUAAAGUUGUUUUAAUCAUCAUCAGACUUGACCAUUUUGUAAUAAUAUAUUAUAAUUAAGGUUGUGAUAUUGAUUGAACCAAAUAGAACACAUAUAUUGGCUAUUAGUAUUCACCACAUUUAUAUACAGCAUUAUGGUUUAGAUUUAGGGUUACAGUAUGACAUCAUUCUAUAUACCUGACGUUUCUUACAUGAUGAGACAAUCCUUGGUGGAUCUUCAGACAAAGAGUGACAUAUGAUUGACAUAUCUAUUGAUCAUUAUAUCGCCUAGCUGUCAAUUUUCUUGAAACUGUAAUAAAGGCCAUGUCCCCUCCACAAUAAUUUGACUACCUAAAAAUAAAGGGUAUGUGUGCUAUAGGGCCAAAGUUCACAUCAGUAUUUGAAUCAACCCUUGCAGUAAACCUUAGUACAAUAUUGUAAUAAAGCGGUAGAUUUGUUUUGUUUGAAUUUUAACAUAAUAAAAGCCUUAUUUUGUUGUAUUUGACUUGAUGUGAAAUUAUAAAAUAAAUAUCUGUUUAACUGACUGAAAGUACAAAGAUUGUCUUCGGUUUAGUCUUCCGUAAGAUACUUAUUAACUGAUGAUCCAAUUGGCUGAAGAUUUACAUGUUAAUAUGAUGGGGUAUAUAGAAUGUAAUCAUUCUGUACUAUUAGACGUGAUGUAAUUGGUAUUUUUAUUUAACUCAUUAAAAUGAGAUUUUAUGUUUAAAAGUCCAUCUUGUUAUUGUUUCCCUCCUAGAGUAUAAAAUAUUUUUGACCAACACAGUUUAGACUAUGAUGUACCUGCUACUGCAUUAAAUAAUGAUUACAUCUUGGAAUUACACAAGAUAUUGUAACUAUUAGUAACAUUGGUAAUGUUUAAUGUGUGGCAACAGAGAGAUAGUAUUGGAGACUCUGAAACUGUUUUCACUGGUUCCUUGCAUUUUGCAAUAGCGUUUUAAUCUAACACCUCUAUUUAGUGUGAACAUGCAGGCUAGUUGAAGAUGUUUUUGGGGGAUCUGUUUGGUCACUCUUCUUGUCAAGACUCACCCAGGAAUCACAAUUCCCCAAUAUCAGGUGAGGGUAAGUAUUUUCAAAAUGUUCCAGAAGUAGAACCCAAAAACACCUGAAAUCAGAAAGGUAUCUUCAGAGUCAAAUCAUGGGGGUGGAUAGAAGUGUCGUAAAAUUUUACCAAAGAUAUGGUAAUAUUAAGCAUAUAGAAUGUUUAAUUUAUUAAACCAAGAUGUAAUUAAUACCAUUAUUUAUAGAUGCCAAUUUGUGAUUUGAUAUUUAUUUACCUCAGUGUAUAGUAUAUGGAGGUGUUCAUAGUGUAUAUUCUAUAUAUGGUUAAUAUUUGUACAGUUUCAUGUAUAUAGAUAGUCUUAUAUUAUUGUUUCUAGUUUGUUUAUAAUAAAUAUAUAUAUAGUAUUCCCUAAAUCCUGAUGUUCACAUAUCACUGUAUCAGUUGAAAUACCAAAUAAAACUUCCAUUUAAAGAUUAUAAAGCCAACAAACUCAUUUUCCUUGGUCUGAAUGACUUGUAUAUAUAUAUAAUUCAAGGCUAUCUAUAACAACAUUUUAAUACUUUAAAUAUAGUCUUUAGAAAGUAGGAGUUUUCACCUAGGCAUUAUUAGAUAUUUUGCAAACUUUAAUUUUAAUUUAUUUCAGAUUAAGAAUUUGUCAUUUUUCUGCCUUUAUUUUGUAAGUCCAUGAGUUAACUUUAGAGAGUUAAUAUAAUGUAGUUGCAGACCCCAAAUUCUGCUCAUACACAUAGAAAUAUUAGCGUAAUAGCAUGUUUUUUCUUGCACUUUCAUUUAAGAAAUUUUGAUCAAUGUUCAAGCCGUAGAGAGCUUCCUAUGCAAGAUAACACAUCAUCAUUGUUUAUAUAAGGCGAUAAAUUAGUUGGUGAAACACUUGUUAUAACUGCAAACACAGGAGCUGGUAACAUAAUUAAUAUAUCAGUGAUGAUACCAAAUGUCCAUGGUAGAAUACUAUUCGGUUCCCUGAUUUCACAUUUGUUUGUGGCACUACUGUACUAUGGAGUUGGUAUUACUAGUGCUUGAUACAAGCUCCUGUGACUGCAACCACACUACUGCUAUAUAUUAUAAUAACAGUGUCAUUUGAUCCGUAUAUAUUAAAAUAUAUUCAUGUUAUUAUAUUAUAUAUAAUAUUAUGUACAGGCAUUUAGUCAACUUGUAAAUUAGCCUUUCCAAUUAUGUCUUAUAAUCAUGGGAUUAGCACAAUAUAUAGGGUUAUGAGUAGGCCAAAAAUGGUGUUCUUUUGUGAUUGUAUGAAGAUCACCCACUCCAGGAAAUAUAUAUAUUAUAUAUUAGCUUUAGUUUAAAGAAACAUAAACCACCAUAGAGGUCUUGUCUUAUUGAAAACCAAUAUACCUACAGUGUUUCCAAAUCAAAAUAUUUAGAUCUGGUCAGAACAUUAUCAUGAUAGCUUUUCUCUUGUCUGGCUAAAAUUUCAGUGGCGACAGUUAAAUGAAUGGUAAUAUAUUUAGAAGGUAAAUUAGAAGUAUUUAUUUCUUGUUAAAAACAAUUGAUGUGGUCAUACUUAUAAUACCAUAAUAAUGAAAUCUGAACAAUGUGGCUGUCUGCCCUAUUGUUCAAACUAUAAUUAAUGUAGAACUUUAGACACAGUGAAUUCUAUUUCAUUCAUUGUGUUUAGCAGGAAAGUUUUCUUAUAUAUAAAUAAACAAUUUGUUGAAAUUA